GCGCUCCAAAAGGCAGAGCUGGACUGCAGCAUCAAGUCACCUCAACCAAAAGCUUUCCCAAAAUGAAGAUCGGACGUCAUUACAUUUUCUGCGAGGGCGAAACUGGCUUUGAUCUUCCAUGGCAGGCUUACAAUGAACAGCGUCUCGAAGUGACCAACGCGCAGCUUUGUGAACUCAAAUACCGAUACGGCAACGGCGACUUCCCAAAUCUGGAGUCGUUCUGCCGUAGACUUGCAACGUGUGUUAACCUCUGUCUUGGUUGUUCCACUGGCCUCAGCCCCACUACCUGGGCCCACUUUCAAGAGUUAGUGGGACCUUUCCCUGAAGCUCAGAGUAUGAAAUGCACUCUCCAAACGCCUUUAAAUGGACCUGCGUACUUCCUGGCAGAGGAGAUGGACCAAGCAGUCUACUGGAAGAAAAUUCAGGAGCAAUACACACAUAGCAACAUCAGCCAGAAGUUGCAAGCGUCGAGUUCCUACACCCACUACAUGCCCUCCAUGAUGCUCCUCUUCGGCCAAGACUUCCGGGACGUUGUAGAAGUGAAGACAACUACGACUUUCAGAGAUCGGACCAGGGAAGAGGGAUGCUACACCGUCUACGUGAACGCUGCCUGCCACCGGUCUCUCGUCCUGCCCAGCCAAGAGAGCCAUUUCACGAGGACGCUGACAACCCUCUGCCAACAGCUGUAAGGUUGACGGGAACCUGCAGUUAAGAAGACAUCGACUCUCACCCUGACAGUGUUCACACGAAGAGGUGUUACGUUUUAUAAAGUGUCUGAAAUUGU